AUGGUAAAGUGUUUAUGGUGUUUGAAAGAACUAGGCAUUUUCGGAAUGCUUUUUCAUAAGGCUGUUUGUCUUGAAUAUUUAUAUAGCAAAUCUUUAGAAAAAUUAAGAUAGGCAAAUUUGGCAGGGCGUAUAACUAAGGGACAAUAUAGAAAUGAGAAGCGAAACUUAAGAGAGUAUUUUAUGCAGAGAUUCAAACCGAAAGUGUAUGAAGCCUUCAUUAAGAGAUAACAAGAACAAUAAUAUAUUGUAAUCAAUCCAAACGAUUAAUCAGUUGCCCUAGAAUCUGAUAUGGAAAUGAUUUCAAAAAAAGUGUGCAUUGAAAGCUAAGAAAUAUCUUAAAAAUCCCAAUUCCUAUAAUCAUUUCAGAAUCUAAUCGACCCUGAUUAUAAUUAUAGGGUAAACAACUAUUCAGGAUCCCAAGAUAUUUAACCUAUGUUCAACUCUGAUGACCAUCAUAAUAAUUAGGUAGAAUUUAAUUAACAUGAUGAAUUGAGUAUAUAUUAAAUAGAAAUCUAAAACAAUGGGAAUACUCAUUAAUAAAUAGAUUAAUACGACAAUUCAUAGGAUUAAUUUUUUCAACUCCAAUUCCAAUAAUAACAGAUUAUACAAUAAAACGAAGAAAACUAAGAAAACUAAGUUAACUAAGAAAACUAAGAAAACUAAGAAGAAAAACCAGCAAAUACUUCCCUUGAAAUGAAGGAGGAGGAAAAAGAAAAUGUUUUAUUUAAACUACUUCAAAAAAAAGUAAAACCAAAUAAAGACAAAGUAUUUAACGAAACUAUUUAAAAAAAAAAUACUAAAAAAUAAACACACACUAGAUCACAAAGUAGAAAUAUUAAAUAGAAUUCAAUUAUUUCUGAAACAAAAGAAGAAACUAUGAAACCGAAUUCUUAUCAAGAAGAAUUGGCAACCGAAGUCAAAUAAAUUGGCAAUCGUUUUUUAUAAACUAAUAAAAAAAAUCCUCCCAAAUUUUCUUAAAGCACAGAUAAAAUUAAUCCAAAAAUAAAUCAAUCAAUUGAAAUUUCAUCGACAAAAGAACAUAAAAAAAAGUAGAAAAAGAACCAAAAUUUGAUUACAAACAAAACUAAAAAUCUAUAGAAAACAGAGGACCAUUAGAACAUUUCUUAAUAAGUUCAGAAACCCAAGUAAAGAGAAGUCAUAAAGACUAGAAAUUAGGCUUCUUCGAGUAUUAAAUAAAAUAAAACAGAGUCAAAGAGUGCUAAUAGAAAAGAAUAAUAGAAAAUCAAAAAGAAAUGAAUCAUUAAAUUGUGUAAUAUGCC